ACAGACGGGAAGACGGACGCAGAGAAGACAGACGCAGAGAGAUGCUCCACCUGGACAUGGAUCACCUGCUGCUGCUGCUGCUGCUGCUGUGGAGCUCAGGACUCCAGGCUGAAGGAGAACUCAACUCAACAGAGUCUGUCAGGUUGGUGGGAGGAGCCAGUCGCUGUGCAGGAACACUGGAGGUGAAACAUGAAGGAGAAUGGAGACCAGUGGAUGGCUUUUACUCUGGCUGGACCCUGAAGACAGCAGCUGCUGCCUGCAGAGAGUUAGACUGUGGCUCUGCUGUUUCUGUAGAGAGAGAAAAGUCCUCAGACAGAUCUGUGUGGGGGAUCAGCUCUGGCUGUGUUGAGUCUGGAUCUGCUCUGAGGGAGUGUGCUGAAUCAGAUUCCUCUUCCUCCUUCCUUCAUCUCACCUGCUCAGGUAAGCCCAACAAAGACAUGAAUGAAUGA